CCUUUCCCCACGGAAUAUACCAUCAACAUAGUAGCUGACGGGUUAUGUCUGCCUCUGAUAGAUUACAUAUGAUCUCGACCAGCUCCCCGAGUCGGCUCAGCCCGAGCUAAGGACGUCGAUACUGUCUCUGCUGUCAAACUACAGAUCUGGACCUCGUCCCAUACGGACACAACUAUGUGUAUCCCUGGCCACCCUUGCUAUCCAGAUGACCUCCUGGAAAGACGUCCUGCCUACCGUAGGAGCUGCUCUCGGCAACGAAGCUGGAGACUGUGUCCUCGAAUUCCUCAAGAUCCUUCCCGAAGAGGUCAUAGAAGGGCGCAAAAUCAACCUGACUGUAUGUUCCGGUAGAGCUCACACACCACAUCUAUCCACCUUUGUCCUCCCAUCUACCACCGCUUUUGCGCAAGUCCAACACCAACAUAUAUACCCGUCUUAUCAACCCCCCUUUUUUGCGGCCAGAGAAAAUCGUUCUUGUCAUCUAAUCAGUCGUGCGUAACCCUUAGGAAGAGGAGCUGUCUUCAAGAACAAGGGAGCUCUUGGAAGAGAACGCAAGCCAGGUCCUGGGUCUUUUGACACAGUACUCUCAAUCUUCUCGUAGGUUUACCCCCCUUUUAUUGAUGUUUACUUAGUUGAGUGCGCUACUAACUAUAUUUCUCCUUCUGCUCUAGCUUCUGCUGCAACGAACCCACUUCUCUUAGAAUGUAUUACUUCAUGGAUGCGUGAGAUACCCGCAGCUCAGAUUGUGGAGUCUCCCCUCAUGGACAUCAUUAUGAAGGCCCUUGCGGAGGAAAGAUCCUUUGAAGCGGCGGUAGACUGCAUAUGCAUGAUCUAUAGAGACACACUCGAAGUCGACGACUCAAUGGACGUCAUCAAGGCUCUAUACCCAAGAAUAAUUGCCCUAAGGCCCAGAAUCAGAGAAGCCGCAGAAACGGAGGAUGUCGACCUACUACGGGGCCUUACUCGGUUGUUUGCAGAGGCUGCAGAAGCCUGGGUGCUCCUAAUUGCACGCCUACCUGAAGACUUCAGAAACUUGGUGGAAGCCGUGCUAGAGUGUUGCUCAGUUGACAAAGAUCGUGACGCUAUCUCCAUUACCUUCGUCUUCUGGUAUGAACUGAAACAAUACUUGACUUUGGAGCGAUACGCAAGAGCUAGAGCUACCCUGGGAGACCUGUUCUCGAAACUCGUGGAUGUCAUGAUCAAACACCUAGAGUAUCCCUCCACUGACGGAGACGAGAGUGACCUGUUCGACGGAGACAGGGAGCAGGAAGAGAAGUUCCGAAGCUUCAGACAUUCAAUGGGAGACGUCCUUAAAGACUGCUGUGCAGUUAUCGGUGUCUCCGACUGUCUUGGAAAGGCAUACAGUCUUAUUCAGGCUUGGGUUGCCAAAUACGGGCCCCAAGCAAGACACGACCACGUCCCUCACUGGCAAGAACUGGAAGCACCCCUUUUCAGCAUGCGUGCGAUGGGACGAAUGGUGGAAGCAGAGGAGAGCUACGUCCUGCCAGAAAUCAUUCCCCUCAUUGUGCGCAUACCAGACCAGGAGAAGGUCCGUUUCCAGGCAAUCAUGGCACUUGGUAGAUAUACCGAAUGGACCGCACAGCAUCCAGAAACACUGGAGGCACAACUCAACUAUGUCAUCUCCGGAUUCCAGCACGAGUCGCAGGAAGUUGUGCAGGCGGCAGCCCUUGCUUUUAAGUUCCUGGGAACCGACUGCCAGAAACUGCUCGGCUCUCACAUUCCACAGCUUCAUACCUUCUACGAGUCUGUUAUUGAUGGUCUGAAGCCAUCUAGUCAGGAGGAGGUCACUGAGGGUGUUGCGGCUGUUCUUGCUGUUCAGCCAGUUGAAAAGAUAUACGAAGGACUAAAAUUAUUCUGCAACCCCCUUAUGUCUCGAAUUAUGAACUUGGCCAACAACGCCAAAGAUGAAGACGGCCAAAAGGCCGUAGCUGAUCACUUGCAAUUAAUCGCAAUCUUCAUCCAGGUGGUUUCUCCUUAUGUCGAACCAGGAAAAGAGAACCCUGGAGUGAAAUACUGCGGAGAUAUAUUACCCGUUCUUAGUACGAUAGUUAUGAAUUUCACGAAAUCUACUCCGAUCCUCGAGAGAGUCUGCCGAUGCUGGCGAUACAUGAUCAUCUCAUACCGCAAUGCAAUGGCUCCUCUCCUUCCGACCCUCGCCCAAAACAUCUCCUCAGGCUUCGAGGCUUCGAGAGAAGGAUGUUUCCUCUGGGCUACAGAUGCAAUUGUCCGAGAGUUCUCAACUGGGGCAGAACUUGUUGAUAACCCCACGAGCGUUGCCGUUUACCAGUUUUUCGAACAGCAAGUCGUCCUAUUCCUCCGAAUUCUCAAUGACCUGCCUCCAGAGCAGCUACCUGACAGUAUGUAUAACCCUUCUUCAGGUUCGUUGUCGUUAAUGCUAAUAUACGUUGUUAGUGAUCGAGGACUUCUUCAGACUAGCAACAGAUGCAGUCAGAUUCUUCCCCAAGAACACCGUCACGUCAAAUCUCUCUGUCCCCAUUUUCUCUGCUGCUCUGAGUGCACUCACCCUCCAGCAGAUCGAACCUUUAACCGCCACCCUACAGUAUCUCCGUGACCUGGUCAGCUUUGGGUUUGAGAAGCCGGCUGUGUCCAACUUCACAACCCCGGAGGGCGAAGUCUAUACGAACACGCCGGAGAUCAGGUCUGGUGUGAAGCAAAUAAUGGUGUCACAGGGCUCUUUCCUCGUGCAACGGGUAUUAACCGGAAUGAUGUUUACUUUUCCUGGUGACUGCUUCCCAGAUGCUUCGGCAGUUCUGAUGUCAUGCUUCGAACUCUUACCCGCAGAAACAGCAAGCUGGAUUGAAGCCACAAUCCAGAUGCUGCCCGCCCGCUCCAUCAAGCCUGGCGAAAGCGAGCGCCUGAUGAAAACUCUCUCGGAGUAUGCCCAACUAGGCGACAUGAGGAAGAUUAGAGUUGUCCUUCAAGGUUCGUUACCCGAUCACCGUCACACUUCCUUUCAAAACGAUCUCAACAACCUCGCUCGUCGUACUAACUCAUACACUUCCUUCACAGAUUUCACAAACUCAUAUAGACGCCGGAACGUGGCACCAAGGGAAGGCUUAGGCAGAUUAGAGGCUACACGGUUCCGCUUUACCGGGUAGGUAGGUAUCGAUUUUAUAUCGUUAAGCUCGAGUGAUGGACAAGUCUUUCCACCAUAGGUAACGACCGAUAAGAGGUGGCACAGAAAAGCUCUUUACGAUACUUUCGCAACAGUAAUUGAUUGGCCUGAUCAUCUCCCAAUUUUACUAUCAGCUCGCUUCAACAAAACCUGUACCAAAGCCAUUUAUUUUAACCGACUCCGGUACUCUUUACCUCACGUUUACAACACUCCUCAAAAUUCGUACUCGAUCCUCUUACAUUAUACUUAAAGACGUACGGCUUGAGGUGGACAUUUCGGACAAGAUGGGCGUUGGGUUCUGUUGAUGGUAUAUAUCUUUUAGUAUUCUAGAGCAUGCUUGCCAUCCGUGGAUAAGGCUGUAGGUAGAAUAGGGGGGUUACCAAGACGUCUAUUCCCGGUUGCCGGCGUAAGCAUCAGAAAAGGUAUAUUCGUAAGUAUGCAUCCCCCAUGCUAACAGUAGAACCAAAAUCUAGAAACCAAUAAGGGAAAUAUGAAUACAUCGCCCUGCCUCUCGUGUACGGAACAGAUAUCGCUUCCAACC